AGGGACGGUGGCCGGCACGGCGGCGCGGCGGCGUGGGGGCGGCGCGGCGUUGGGGACACUCGGUGAGGGACGGUUUCUGCCUUUGUUCCCCCCGCCUCGGCCGCCCCCGGCCCGCUAGUCCGCGCUGCCUGGCGCCAGUCGGCCGCCUCUCAUGGCCUCCUCUCUCGGCUGUGUCGCUUCUAGGAUGGCGGAGGUACCGCCUGGGCCUAGCAGCCUCCUCCCACCACCAGCGCCUGCGGCCCCAGCGGCGGCGGAGCUCCGCUGCCCGUUCCCGGCGGGGGCCGCACUCGCUUGCUGCAGCGAGGACGAGGAGGACGACGAGGAGCACGAAGGCGGCUGCGGGAGCCCAGCGGGCGGCGAGGCGGCGACCUCGGCCAAGGCGCGUUCUUGCCUUCGCUGUCCGCAGCUGCCUCAGGAGCAGCAGCAGCAGCUCAACGGAUUGAUCGGCCCAGAACUGCGACACCUCCGGGCCGCGGCGACCCUCAAGAGUAAGGUUCUGAGUGCAGCGGAGGCGGCCGCCCCCGACGGGGCCCCCAAAGUGACUGCCACAAAAGGAGCCGAGGGACACCCGGGGGAGAGACCGCCCCACUCGGUCCCCAACAAUGCAAGAACUGCACUCCCCGGCCGGCCAGAGGCGGCGGCGGCGGGGGCGGCGAGCGACCCCGCUGCGGCCCGAAACGGACUGGUGGAGGGCAACGAGCAGGAGGAGGAGGAGGACGAGCAGGUGCGGCUGCUGUCUUCGUCUCUGACCACCAGCUGCAGUUUAAGGAGCUCCCUGGGCAGGGAGGCCGAGCCCGGGGAGGAUCGGACGAUACGAUACGUCCGAUAUGAAUCUGAGCUCCAAAUGCCUGAUAUCAUGAGACUGAUCACCAAAGAUCUGUCUGAACCCUACUCCAUUUAUACGUAUAGAUAUUUUAUCCACAACUGGCCACAGCUGUGUUUCUUGGCCAUGGUAGGGGAGGAAUGUGUAGGUGCCAUCGUUUGCAAGUUGGAUAUGCACAAAAAGAUGUUCCGCAGAGGUUAUAUAGCCAUGUUAGCCGUGGAUUCCAAAUACAGGAGAAAUGGCAUUGGUACUAACUUGGUAAAGAAAGCUAUAUAUGCCAUGGUCGAAGGAGACUGUGAUGAGGUUGUUUUGGAAACAGAAAUUACAAAUAAGUCUGCUUUGAAACUUUAUGAAAAUCUUGGUUUUGUUCGAGAUAAGAGGCUGUUCAGAUACUAUUUAAAUGGAGUUGACGCACUGCGACUUAAACUGUGGCUGCGCUGAGAGACUGACAGCAAGGAACGGCUCCACCCACACGGAAUCGACUUUUGCAUGCAAUGCAAUUUGUGCAGAAUUGCUUUGCAGGUGGAUUUAGUAAUUCCCAUGCAGCUGUUAUCUGUCAGUGUCCAUUGAGUGUCGCACAAUAUUUGUUGCACUUUGGCAUGGCGCAUUUGUUCUGAAUUAAAUGAGAUUGUUUUAAACUUCAAGAGUUCUGUUGGUACCAGCAGGAUGUGCCAGUUAAUAGCCAAGAUGUGUUCAUUUGCAAAGUCUGCUGGCAGUGCUAUUUAUAUAGUGAUCAUUUUAUCACAGAACCAGUAAGAGGGACAUGAUUUUUGUUCCUUCAAAAAGCCAAUGUAGAUUGUAAAAGUCUCUUAAGUAUACUAACAUUUCACACAAAACCUGCCAGUUUUCUGAAGGGGGUGAGGGAAAAGCUUCAAUUUAGGUUUUAUUUUUUCAAUAUUAAAUUUUCCAUUCUUGAAUAUUGGUACCUCAGUGAUUAGUGGAUGAAAAGUGUAGGGUGGAAUUUGUCUUAUGAUGAGUAAAGAUGACAAUUAAAUUGCGUCUGCCAGUGCCUGUGUAGAUAAGUAUUCUUGUCUUCAUCUCUAGUUUUUGAAUGCAUGCUCUUUUCUUUUUCUUUAAUACCUUUGCAAGCAAACUUGUUUUUAUUUAAAUUCUAAAUUUGAUAAUAAAUUAUUUGAGAUUUUUAUAAUUUGGACAGUUUUUCCAGGUGAGUGACAGUGGCUUGCUUUAGAAGUCCCUUCUUUCCUUACAGUAAGAAGCUGGCUCUACUUGGGAAACUGAGAAAUGGCUUAAAGGGAUGGAGCUGGGAAUUGUGGGGUUUGGAUGCACUUUUUGUUUUUGUCUUUUGAGAAUGGGGGAAUUUUUGAAAAGAAUAGAAAAUUAAUGUAAAUUGGUAUGAUCUUAUUUAAUCAAAAUGAUUGAUAAGCUGUGAAGAACAGCUUCUAUAAAGUAGCUGGGUUUUGUUUUUCUUUCUUUUUUUUUUUUUUUUAAACUUUAUUUGAAUUCACAUUGCUUCCAUUUCUGGAAAUCCUUCACUUUUGGUUUAGUCUUAGAAAUGAAUUUCAGGAGCAUUGUAUCCAUUUAAGCUACAUUUAUUUUCUUCUUACUCAUGAGCAGGUUCUUGGGGGACCUUUGCUUUGUUCCUCCGGAAAAAAAGAGAGGGAUGAAAUUUUUUUUUAAAUGAGUUCUUUGGGUUUUCUGAGCAGCCAAGGUGUUUAUUAGUUAGAAUGAAUUUUGGCUAAUCAGUGUAAUGUUAACAGAUUUGAGCUGAGCUAGUGAAGCUGUGAUGAGUAACUUAUUUAACUAGAAUACCUAAGCACUCAUAAGGAAAAGAUUCAUUGUAUGAAAAAUGUUUUAUAGGAAUCUGGCAUUCAUGUUGUUAUUUUCAUUUGAAUAUACUUUUCUUCUACUCUAAUACUUGGUUUGAAGUUUAUUUGAUGGCUGUAAUUACUGUAUUUUUAAAAACCCUACCUCCAUUAACAGUUGGUAAAGGCCCCCUUUCAGGAAAGUUUGUUGAGCUUUUUUUUGUUUGUUUGUUUGUUUAAAAGGAAAGCUGCUCUUUGCUCAGUAUAGUAUUUUGGAAGUGAACAUGGUAACAAGUACUUUUAAAAUAAAGAUGCACAGUUUAUAUUUGAAAAUAAAAACUUCCUGCUGGUGGGAUCAUUUAUAGUUCCUUAUUUUUAAGAAAAUGUGUCUUUCCAUUUUAUAUUGCUCUUUAAAGUUUAAUAUUAAAAAUGUGAUGACCACAUAGUACUCAGCUUUUCUGCUGACCGUUUUGAAUCUGUUUUGGACAAACUUCAUUUGGGUCCCAGCAUUUAGAAGAAUGCCAGUCAUCAUAAUGCCUCUGUUUUCAUUUUCAAUGUGAAGGAAAGUACCUAAACGGUAUACUUGACAUCAUCAAAUGUUGUUUUGAUUUGCUGGUGUGUAGUUAUGAGUUGUUGAUGAACAUACAUUUUCCUGACUCAGUCUAAUGGAUAUAGUUGUAAAGUAGAUACGUGCUAGACUUACCAAUUCAAAAGUUUUGUUCUUGCUAGGUUGUCAGUGAAAGUAUCACUACUGCCCUUCAGUUCAGAAUCGCUGAAUUAACUGAUUGUCUGAUGAUUUGUAAACAUGAUCUUAACUAUGUGACUAGAAUAUCAGAUCAUUACAAUACUGCUCAAUGGAUGGAUACAUGUUGAAUAUCAGUGUAUACUUUGAUGUUUUCAAUUACUUGAUCCUUUUUUAACCUAAAAUUUUAACCUCUAGUUUGAUAACCUAGUAACAAAAUUAAAACUUUGCAAGUUGAAUAGAUUCAACUUUAAUUUGACAUUAGGCUUUCAUUUUUCUUUUAUCAGCUUAAAGUGGUUCCAUUUAUAAUUGACAGUGGGUUCACUUGACUAAAACUGAGCAAAACUGGUGCAACUUUCUUUUAGUGGGGUGCUGCCUCUUUAAGACUGACUGUACAUCUAUCCACCUACACUGGUUUGGCAGUUGAUACUGUUGAACAUUUAAUACAUGCUACCAUGAAUCUGUAUAUGUUAGUAUUGAAGAAAGCUAAUGGGCAUGCUACCAGUCUUGAUGAUAAUUUACCUUACAUUGGAAUGAAACUACUUAAUUCGGGAAUAAUCCAAUUCUACAGAACCUAAAACACAUUACUGCUUGAUGUUAAAGCCAGCAAAAUAAGAUAAAUUAAUAUUAAAAAUUGAUUUUAACAUUUUCCGCCUCUUCUCCAAAUUAUCUUCUACACACAUAAGACAAAUCUACGUAAAGUGGUUUGUCAUGUUUUAACUCCUACCAUGCCCUAUGUUAAGGUAUUGGCUGGCAUGUACGACUAGAUAUGUAUGUUUAUUAUGGUGUCUAAAAAUUAUGAGGUUCACUACUUUCUAGGAGCAUUCAGGAAAUCAGGUUGGCAGUACACCAGUUACUUUUCAGUACAUAUCCACAUUACUAGGAUGAGUGCUAUAAUGUCUGAGGGCUUUCAGGUUUGUAAAAACAUAACCAUAAGUUAUAUUGUCAUCACAAUGAGUUGAGUAUCUAUGAACUAUCACGUGUAUCUCAAAAAUACUGGGCUGCUGUUUAAUGACUGGGGAUAUUGCUGCAUAAUUUUCUCCUAUUGACCCCUGACCUUUCGGAGAGAGAGAGAUUUGAUGGGAUUUGAAAUGUGCAAGCUGUCUGAAUAAGAUACAGUCAAAUAAAGUAUGGCUAAGC